CAUUUUUAUCUAUUUAUUUACCAUGUUCUAUACUAAUAUAAAAGGCAGAUAUCGGAAUAAGGUGGAAAUGACUACUCGGGAAAAAAUAAACCUUAGUUCCCACUUUAAAAACAAAAACAAAACAAAACUGCAGACUAGGAACUCUGAGCAUGUGAGAAUAUCAUUAUAAUCUUUUGUACUCUUUCCACUGGAUCUCAGUGUGACCAAAAGAAAUGGGCAAAUGAAUUCUGAAGAAGAUUUGAGUAAAAGCCAGAAGGUAAUGUAUCUUGUGAAUUAAAGAAAAUCAGUCCUCAUAGAGUCAAGAGGUAGGGGAAGAAGAACAAAAGGCAAAAGCACAAGCCUAGUUCCCAAAGAAUGAAGAGAUCAUAGAAAUGAACAGGUGGAGUUAAAUCCAUAUAGGCUGGGGGCUCUUCCAGCUCUCCUUGUUUCCUGGUUAAUUAAGCAACUGUAAAGGAGGAGAAAAAAAAAAAUCUCAGCUUUACUCAUGGUUCUGUGUGCUUCCCUCAUUCCUAAAUUUAAUAGAUGUGGGUAGGAGGUGGGAUUUAAGCUGUAUCAGUCUUACCUAUCACCACAAAGCUGUCAACCUGUGAAAGAAAAAACAUGGAGAAAAUACACUUUGAAAUAGACUGCUGAAGCAAUAGCUCAUCAGCAAGCCCUGUCAGCUGUACCUUCAAACAGAUUUUUAUCCUUACACUAGUUCUCUUGUCUUUCUUCCGGAUUACUGCCCCUCAUUCAGGUUUCCCUGCUGUUACACUCACCCCACCACCAACCUCUUAAAAAUGUAACACAGAUCAAAUCACUCCUCUGCCCAAAGCUCUCCAAAGACUUCUCACUGCAUUUAGAAUAAAAUCCAACUCCCUACCACAGCCUACAACUCCCUAUUACCCCCUCCCACGGCCUAUAAGGCCUACAUAACACAAUCCCUACUGGCCUCUCCACCUGCAUCUCCCUCCAGGAACCUGGAAGCUCACUACGCAGUCUUAACCCCGCAGGUCUUCAUCUUCUCUCCUAAUUAUACCAAGUUCCUUUCUACGUGGUCAAAGUUGUGAUAGUCAAUACCCUGUUAAUAAUCUUAAGGAUGUUUCCUGGUCUUGGAACGCUCUGACCCCAGAUUUUUCCAUGGCUAACUCCUUAACAUUCAAAAGUGGCUUAAAUGUUAACAUCUGGUCACUCCUGAUAAUCCAAUUUAAAGUAACAUACCACACACAAAUAAAUAUCACACCAUCCUAUGACUGUGUUUUACUGUCUUCCUAAGUUAUCUCUGUCUGAAAAGUAUGUUGCUCAUUUACUCGCGCUGUAUAACACUUCUAUCCUCUCAAACAUACACAUUUACUCGCAGGUAAACUCCUUGGGAAUUUGGACUUUGUCUUGCUUUGUUCCUUGCUGAAUCCCCAAAGCCUAGAACAAUGCCUGGUACCCAGUGGAUACUGACUGUUUAUCAAACGAUCGAUUUUGUCUAUCCUAAACUUUCCCCAAACCUUGUCUCUGCCAUGCAUUUUCCUAGUAUUUGUUCACUAUCACUUCUCUUCCUGUCUGUUCCCUUUCGGAAUUUCUUUUGGUCUCCAUUUUGCUUAUAACAACACUGAAGAAUUACAGAAUCAACAAGGAUAAAAAAGAAGGAUGUUAAUGCUAAUAGAAACCCACUCAGCCUAUGCUACUGGCAGUGGGGCAGAAGGGCAAGUAAACUGCUUCUUAAGGGCAAAAGCCCAUAGAGUCAAUAUCACCCAUUCGUGCAGCUCUGAAUGAAGGGCAACAUCAAAAGGAAUUAUGGAGGUAGACUGUGACCUAAAAAGUACCACAUGCCCUGUAGACACUCAGCAGUUCUUACAAACUUUUUUUUGAGAGACAGUCUCACUCUGUUGCCUAGGCCUGGGUGCAGGGGUGCAAUCAUAGCUAACUGCAGCCUUGAACUCAUCGGCUCAAUCAAUCCUCCUGCCUCAGCCUCCAGAAUACACUACAGGCGUGUAUCACCAUGCUCAACUAAUUUUUUAAUUUUUUUUUUUUUUGUAAAGACGGGGGUCUUGCUAUGUUGCCUAGGCUGGCCUUGAACACCUGUCCUCAAGCGAUCUUCCUGUCUUGGCCUCCCAAAGUGUUGGGAUGACAGGCAUGAGCCACCAUACCAUGCCUGCCUGGUUCUUAAAAUUUUUAAUGUGCAAAAGAUUCAGAUGCAGUAGGUUUUGACAUGAUCUGGGAAUCUGCACUUUUGACAGACACUCCUAAGUGAUUCUGAUACAGGCAGUCUUCAGAAACUUUGAACUCAGGCCAAAGGAUGACUAGCAAAUUACCAGGUAAGUGGUUUAAGCAAUAAUCUUUUUUAUCUCUACCCUGAAGCUGAUUCUCAAAACAAGUCAAAUUCCAUUUCAAUACUUGUUUAGUAUUAUUUAAAUUCAUUGGUCUUUAAGUACAACUUAUAGCCAUUUUAAACCUAUAAUAGCUACUGUCAUGGGGCAGCUACUAUGUUCUACAUAGUGUCAUCAGUGAUUUACACAGGUAUAUUAUCCCAUUUUAUAGAUGAAAAUUUUGAGCUUCAGUUAAGUAAGUGUGGACAACCAUUAAGUGCAAGAGACCUGCAUGUUAAUAUAGUCUGUGUUCCAUGGAGUCUAUACUUAUCACUAAUUAUACCUUAAUAGAAGUAAAACCAAUAAAUAAAAGUCCAUAUUUGUAAAUAAAGGAAGGGGAGGAAUUUUACUCUCAAAUAUUCCUCACUUUAGAAAAAGACUGUAUGAAAUUUAUUUAUGAGCUUUGAAAGUACAUUUAAAUAACGUAACAAUGGCAUGGCAACCUCUGAAAAUGAAUCAAUCUUAACAAUCCUUUCCUAAAGCAAAUAACCACCCUCUUAACUAAUGAAAGCUGGUUCACUAUUUACAGAUCUACCAGUGGUUCUCAAACUGGGCUAAUAAUCAAGAAUCGCUUGGACGAGCGCCGUGGCUCACGCCUCUAAUCCCAGCACUUUGGGAGGCCGAGGGGACGGAUCACGAGCUCAGGAAAUCGAGACCAUUCUGGCUAACACGGUGAAAUCCCGUCUCUACUAAAUAUACAGAAAAACAAAUUAGCCGGGUGUGAUGGCAAGCACCUGUAGUCCUAGCUACUCGGGAGGCUGAGGCAGGAGAAUGGCGUGAACCCUGGAGGUGGAGCUUGCAGUGAGCCGAGAUCGCACCAGUGCACUCCAGCCUGGGCAACAGAGCCAGACUCCGUCUCAAAAAAAAAAAAGAAUUGCUUGAGGAAGCAUCUUAAACAUAAAUCAUAGGGGCAACCCGCUGUGGUCCCCUUCCAAGCUGUGGAAGCUUUGUUAUUUCGCUCUUCACGAUAUACCUUGUUACCCCUCAAAAAAAAAACAAAAACAAACAAAAAUCAUAGGCUUCACUCCAGUUCUUCUGAAUCAAAAUCUCUGAGGUGUGACCCCAAGAUCUUUAUUUUUUAAGCUCCCCAGGGAGUUCUGAUGCGUAGGGUUCAGAACUUUUGUUCCCUUAACACCAGCAUUCUACAAAUGAAUAAAUUGAGGCCCUAAAAGGAUAGGAUUUGCCUAACGACAUACAGCUUGUAAGUACACACAGUAGGCCGGAACAACAAUAUCCUGACUCUCGUUUGGUGCUUUUACACCAAUUCAAGCUGCUGUUUUUGUUAAGACUGUACUUAUUUCUGCUCUGCGGCUCAUGCUUUGCUGGAUACUUAGUAUUCACUAUCCUACAACUUAUUCCCUCAUCUGCAGUUUGGGAAUAAUAAUAGUGCCUGCCUCUUAAGAGUUGCUGCAAGGAUUAAAUAGUAUAACAUUCAUUAUAUAAUGCACUUAACACAGUGCCUGGCAUAUUGUGAGUACUCAUUAGCCAGGUUAUGUAAUCUACUAAAAAAGUAUGCCUAUUUUAACUGGAGAGGAUUCACUGAACGACUCCAAUUACAAAAUGUACAAGAAACCCAUGUUCAGCUUUGGAAUCCAAAAAGACUUUAAACUCAGGGUUAAGUUUAAAGUCAUAGUAUCUAAUGUCUUGCUUUUCUAGUCAUUUACUUAUGCCAAAAGUUAGUUCACGCCACAGAGAAGGAUGCCUCUGUGUAGUGAAACAAUUUCACAAUUACUGAUUGAACUGACUGUUGCACGCCACUGUUUCUCCUAGGAUGCCUCAGAACCAUCUAGUAACUCCAUCUCUGGGUGACGACAGGGAAUCUGCAUUUAUAAAAGCCCCCUCCCCCUUCUCAGGCAAACCAAGAUUUGAUAACCACUAGUAUGUUCAGAAUCCACGACCACUGUAAAGGGCCUCUCAACUCUCUCCAGCAAAAAGCUAUACUUCUCUGCAACCAGAAGAGCAGCGUCAUCAGGUCCUGAUGCAAACAACAGCUGGACCCAGCUGGGCCCAGCUGGGCCGAGUAACCUUGAUGAUCACAGAGGACGGCCUGGACCCCCUCCCCUCCUAGGAAACACAAAAUUACAAAAGCGCCCUCCUGCAAUUCCCGUGGGAGACAGUGCUGCCUAGGCCGCUAUGAGGAGCUAAGGCUGACUCAACAGCCUCCUUCCCAGGGGCAAGGCCAAAGGAAGGCGACCCUGCAUGGCUAACCAGGCCCCAGCGCGGCGCCAGAAGGUUAACGACCCUCCUUGCCCCUUUCCUUAUGAAGGCCAAGAGCCUCCACUACUCCGCGGGCCAGCUGACGGAAGUGCGUCACUCCACCCUGCGGGGGGGUGCCGGGAGUUGUAGUCAAGUGGCUACUACUCUUCCACCCCGAUUCACCUUUUUUAAAACAAGAAAAACACCUCUGCAUCCUGAAAAAGAUCGCUUUAUGCCCAACAUGUGUAAUAGUUCCUCCAUUUUCCAAUCAACAAACUGAACUCUCUCAGCGCUCAAGCGGAAGGCCGGACUACAAGUCCCGGCAUGCUCCGCAGGGUCCCCGGGCGCCCGGCCACCGUCGUAGGUGCGGGCCGCAUGAAUGGAGCGCCGGGCGUAAGGCAAAGGCUGGCACCGUCCGCGCGGCCGGUAUCUGCUCCCGGAGCGUGAGUGCGGGGUGUGGGGCGUGCGCGUGCGCGCUCAGAGGGGGCUCAAGGCGAGCGCGCCGGGCAGUUGCGGGCGCGUGGCUGCUGAGGUUGGCGGCGGUGCCGCGCGCCCGACGGGCCGGGGGUUGCGGGGCUUCCCGCCUCGACCCGGGCUGGGGGCAGCCGUGGCGGCCGCCGGGGACCGCAAGGGGCGGAGGAAAGGAGGCGGCCGGUCCCGGCACGCGGAGGAGCAGCCGACCAUGCCCCGAGACAACAUGGCCUCCUUGAUCCAACGGAUCGCCCGCCAGGCUUGCCUCACCUUCCGGGGCAGCGGGGGCGGCCGCGGCGCUUCCGAUCGCGGCGCGGCUUCUGGCCCGGAGGCGCCGAUGCCGCCGGGCUUCCCCGAGAACCUGAGCAAGCUGAAGAGCCUCCUGACCCAGCUCCGCGCCGAGGACUUGAACAUCGCCCCGCGCAAGGCCACACUGCAGCCGCUGCCGCCCAACCUGCCGCCAGUCACCUACAUGCACAUCUACGAGACGGACGGCUUCAGCCUGGGGGUGUUCCUGCUCAAGAGCGGCACGUCCAUCCCGCUGCACGACCACCCGGGCAUGCACGGCAUGCUCAAGGUGCUAUACGGCACCGUGCGCAUCAGCUGCAUGGACAAGCUAGACGCGGGCGGCGGGCAACGGCCGCGGGCCUUGCCGCCCGAGCAGCAGUUCGAGCCGCCGCUGCAGCCCCGGGAGCGAGAAGCCGUGCGCCCGGGCGUGCUGCGUUCGCGGGCCGAGUACACCGAGGCGAGCGGCCCCUGCAUCCUCACACCGCACCGGGACAACCUGCACCAGAUCGACGCCGUGGAAGGGCCUGCCGCCUUCCUGGACGUCCUGGCCCCGCCCUACGACCCGGACGAUGGCCGGGACUGCCACUAUUACCGGGUGCUGGAGCCGGUCAGGCCCAAGGAGGCCUCCAGCUCGGCCUGUGACCUGCCUCGAGAGGUGUGGCUCCUGGAGACCCCACAGGCCGAUGACUUCUGGUGCGAGGGAGAACCCUAUCCAGGUCCCAAGGUCUUCCCUUGAAGCCACCGGCGCCCAGGAGCGGUGGGCCGAAGACGUGCCCUACCCUACCACAAGGGCUGUCUCUACCCCCUAGCCUGGGCGUUGGAUCUACUGGAAUGAGCAGCAGCCGCUUCCUCGGCAGCUUUGGGAAGCACGGGCGACUGGACAGCGGCCGCCGGGCACGGUUAUGGGGGCGGGGUGGGCGGGGAGGCUAGAUUGUUUCCUGGUACUGUCACUGCCACUGGGGCUUUGAUUUGGAGGAAUGGGGCAGGGGACUAUCUGAAGCGCUUCCAUCCUAAAGCCAUAAUGAAAAUAUCUUCCUCUCUUCCCCAUUCUAUACAAAAUACUAAGUGGUUUUCUUGCUCCCACUCCCUACCCCUUUGGUAAAUAGGGUUUAUUUUCCACUCAUGCCCUUAUGCCUUUUUUUUAAUAGUUUUAACUUAUUGACCGUGCAUGACCCAGUGGUUUGAAUUGUUUUUAGUUCAAGUCAUUGGUAAAAACUAGGUUUAAAGAGAUGAGCUACUGUUUAAAGUGAGCUGGCCUGCCUAAUUAAUUCCUUGUGAAAACUAAAUGAUUUUUUCAGUUUGGGGAUCAUUCUCACAACAUAACUAUGCAUGUAGAGGACAAGAUUUAUUUUCUUUCCUCCCUUUGCCCAGUAGCCACAUCUGGUUUACUCAGGCAGCAUCUACUAAGAAAUUCAGCACCUGCAUAUCUCUGUGACAUGGUCACUUAGAGCUUAUCUUCCCUAUGAAUCUCCAGAUCUGUGAGUUGAGCAGAUUUCAUGUUACAGAUUCACCUUUAAUGCAAAGACUGUAUUAUCCUCACAUGACAUUUUUUCUUGUCUUACUGUACCUUAAAAGGUGAUAGAGUAAUUCUGUAUUUUCUAACGGGAAGAUUCAAAGGAGCUGAAUGUGUUAUGCUUCCAAACAACUGAAUGUAAAACACGUCUAGCCAGCUGUUGCAUUCCCUAUAUUUAUUUACUUCCAAUAUUUUACUGUAAAAGUAGGGAGAAAUAUUAUGUUGAUAGCUGUUUCACAUUCUCUCAGGAGGAACUUUAAUGUUCCCGACUCGGGUGAUUCCAGCUGUGUUGCUGGCAGUGUUGUCUCAACCCUCUCCCUAAAAUGACUGAGCGCUGGGUUCAUCUAAUGUGGUUUUCUGUAGGAAGAGAUAGAAGGCACAGAAGAUCACAGCUAAAGAAUUGAGAAUUAACUAUACUACUAUCCAUUUUAGGGCACCAAAACUUGGGAUUAAACACUUCCUACUUCCCACUCGCAACUCCUGAAAUGAAGUCUUGCUAUCUGUGACUAGUUUUAUUUUUGUGCUUUUAAUAGUACAAGCAGUCUUACCUUGUUUACACAUGUAUUGACACCAUUUGCUUCAGGCCAUGGAGCACUGUUUCUCCCUUUUUACUAUUUAUAGGAUUCCUUUUUUUCACAAGACUUUUAAUAAAAACAAAUUGUAGAAAUAAACACAUUAAAAUUUGCCCAGCUGUCGUCUAAGCCCUCUUGAUUGACUUGCCCAAGUGGCAAUAGAGUUCUAAUAUCUAUAAUAAAGGGAGAUUUGCUAUUAUUGGUGGAAUGUUGACCCCGUAUGUAGGGAAACAGUACGUGCCUUUGCCUCUUUAUGCACACAGAGACCCAGGUUGAGGGAGUAUUUGUUCCCAGUUUUUAAGAUAGUAUAAAAAAGCAAAUACUUGGUGAGUGAUUUAAAAAUAAAACCAAAACAAAACACAAAAAGAUAUUCCACAGGACAUGCCACUUUAUUAUAAAACCUCACACAGGCAUAGUACCAAGUAUUUCCUCCAUUGUUGCUAAAAUUGUUUUAUUGUAGCUCCACAUUCUGGUGUAGUUUAAAAUGCCUUUGGGGGCAGUUUGAAGCAGUUCUUCAUGCUACUUAGUUUGAAAAUAAAAUUCUAGAUAUGCAAAUGAUUUUCUUAGAAAACUUCACGAAAUAAAAGGUCUUGUUUUUUUUUUCCGUAGCAGAGUAAUGAAUGUGGUUAUCAAUCACAUACUUUUUUGGAUUAUAUUGUAGCAAAAAGUUGAUUACCUUACCAAGAUUAUUAAUAGCAAUGUAUGUGUUAUAAUACAACUUAGUACAUUAAAGCUACAAAAACUCAUCCUGGCUGUAGGAUAGUAAUAAAGGAAGACUUUCAUGACUUCAUUAUGAAAAAAAGAAGUUUUAAAGUUUUCAAUUACAGGCAAUUUGGAAGAAAAAACCUAAGGUGCUUUUCAAAAGAGUAACUGAAAUUGUUGCAGGCCGAAACAGCAAUAUGAUAUCUCAGAUUUAGUCCAAUAAGAACAGUGAAACUUUUGGUUCACUAAUAAAUUCUGAGUAAAUUAGUGGUGAAGACAAAAUGUAACUUGUUUUAGUGAGCCACUGAGGAAAGAAUAUGCUUAUUACAAAGAAAAUGUGGUGUGGAAAGUAUCUUGCACCUGUGUGCAUAAACCGUUAGUCAUGACUGACUUGGUGUGUUGCUAUUGUGUUUCUGUAUACUCCCUCCAAUAUAGAUAAUGUUUUAAUAACAACUGUGGGAUAAAAGUUAUCUUCCCCUUGGAAAGACUAAUGAGCACAAUGAUAUUAAUCACUUUUAUGGUGAAUAAUAAAUGCAAUAAUUGCCUCAUGGGU